AUGGCGGGAGAUUUGACAUUGCAGUUACUACAGCAAAUGCAGCGAGAAAUGCAGGAGAUGAGGGCAGAAAUAGCUGCCCGAGAAGAUGUUCAGAACAGGCCAGCAACCCAAUCAGUUCAUCUGGAGACAAUUGACAUUAACGGAGCAGAGAGCAGCCAAGCGGCGGUAGACGGAGUCGGAGUCGGAGAAAAUAAUGGGGAUCCUAUCAACAAUAACGGAGGAGUCAAUAGGCGGGGUGAACGGAGGGCGGAACACGAUAGGGAUAUGAACGUUAGAAGAAGGGGUGAACAAAAUUUAGAUGAUAAUCCGUUAAGUAGACACGGAGGUAACGAAAACGACCUAGACAGAGAACGGCGCAAUGAUCGUCGUAGAGGAGAAGACGAUCAUACUGGAGCCAAUUUUGAUAAUCGAAACGACAAUCUUCGACAUGAAUACGAAAGACAAAACCCCACAGUGGCUGAUCGGGACGUUGACAGAAUCGAUCAGGCAGAAGGAUUGCACCCUUUCACGAUGUCAGUCAUGCGGACGGUUAUGCCAGAAAAUAAAGUGUUGCCAACAAUGGAGAGAUACGGAGGUUCUACUGAUCCCGUUAAACAUCUUAGGUCUUUCAUUGAUGCCAUGGCGGUGUACUCAUCUGAUGAAAUGGUAUGGUGUAGAGUUUUUUCACUAUCAUUGAAAGGAGAAGCACUGGACUGGUUCCAUUCACUCCCACCCCGAACGAUAGAUUGUUUUGCUACUUUGCGACGAUUGUUCAGUCAACAGUACAUUUCCAGUAAAACACCUGGAAUGACCUAUACAGCACUAAUGAGAAUAAAACAAGGGAGGGAAGAAUCACUGAAAACAUUCAUGGAAAGAUUUAACCGAACAACUCGACAAGUACGAAAUAUUGACCAACGACUGAUAAUUAGUGCCUUAACCUCUGCCUUAAAGCCUGGCCCUUUCGUCGACUACCUAUACGCUGAAGAACCACAAACCAUGGCCGAAUUGCAGCAUAGAUUGACGAGCUUCAUCAGGAUCGAAGAAGGAAGAGCCCAUUAUAAGGGCUAG